AUGAGCACACAGAGCCCCACCAGUGGGACCUGGACAAGUGCUGAUUUUGUAACCACCUCACAUUUGCCGAGUUUCACUAGUGUCCCACUAAGUACAAAACCAAGCAGCACCUUUACAAGUGCUGUAAUGACUUCAAGCAAGGUGACGAGUCCUGCCUCAUCCACCACCAAGAUUCCAGAAACAACGACGAGCACCUCUCCGUCUCCCACUACCCUCACAUCACCCAGGACCACGCCAACCACUACUACGAUGACAACCCAGUCUCGGCUGACUACCACUCCAGGUUGGACUUCUUGCACCUGUGACAAUGGUGGCACUUGGAUUCGGGGCCGCUGCCUCUGUCCCCCCACAUUUUCUGGGGACCGCUGUGAACUGCAGGAGCUCAAGUGCCACAACGGGGGUCAAUGGGAUGGUCUCAAGUGUCAGUGUCCCAGCACCCACUAUGGAGCCAGGUGUGAGUUGGUUGUGGAACAGAUGGAGCUUGAGACAGUGCAGGCUGAGGUGGGCAUGGAGGUGUCUGUGGACCAGGAGUUCUCCCCAGACCUCAAUGACAACACUUCCAAGGCCUAUGAGGAUUUCAGUAACACCUUCAAGAAGCAGAUGGAGGAGAUUUAUAAAAAUGUGCCGCAGUUCGAGGGUGUGCAGAUCCUGUCCCUGAGGAGUGGUAGCAUCUUGGUGGACUAUCUGAUCCUGUUGAAGAUGCCCUUCAGCUCCCAGCUGGAAAAUGAGUAUGAGAACAUUAAGACAGUCCUGAAGGAGGAGCUCCACAAUUCCAGCCUGGACAAUGCCUCCUGCAACGAGAACCAAACCCUGUGUUUUAAGCCUGACUCCAUCAAGGUGAACAACAGCAUCAGCACAUCACUGAGCCCUGAAGCCAUCUGUCGCCGAGCCGCUGCCAAGGACUUCGAGAAUUUCUACUUCCCAUUGGUGGAGGAGAAAAGGCUCCGCUGCGUCACCAACUGUACCUCGGGCUUGGACCACACCCUUGACUGUAACCAGGGGCAAUGCGUUCUGCAGAAGAGCGGUCCCUCCUGCCGAUGCUUCUCUACCGACACACACUGGUUCUCCGGAGAGCGCUGCGAGGUGGCCAUCCCUUGGAAGACUCUGGUCGGCAGCCUGGCGGCUGUCGGGACUCUGCUGCUGCUGCUUCUGGGGGCGCUCAUGAGCGUCUACAUCGUGCGCUCUCGGAGGAGAGGCCACCAAGGCAGAGCCCUGUUCUGGGACAAGGACGAGAAAUGGUUUGAUGAGAGCAUCAGUGGGACUUUUUCAAACUUGGGCUUCGAAGAUGAAGGAACAGCCAGCCACGAAAAUGUUCAGGUGGACUUGGACACAGUGGACACCAAUGUCCAGGUGCACAUCGAGAGACCCGAGGUGACUGCAUCCUGGCUGUGAGCCCCAAGGGGCAGAUUCACACCCCCUGCACCCUGCUCAUAUGUUGGGCAGGAGCCUCUGCUUUGCCUUCAUUACUCGAGAUGGCCCAGUCUCACGCAGCUGACUCCUGUUUUCCUUGCGCAAAACCAGAUCAUACUCUGAGCCAUGCUUCUACUAGAGUGAAAGCCACUUGGCAGCCCAGUUCAAAUCCAAGCCUGCUGUGGAACCUUAGGCCAGUCACCUUAAACUGGGCACAGCACAGUUGUCCUGAUGCCUAGUAACAUGCAGACCAGAUGUAGUCAUGAGCUUUGUUCCAGUCCACCUUCCCCUCCACCCUGUGCUUAAUGGCCUCUCCCAGAUGCCCAAACCGACACCCCUCUGCACCUCAGACCUCAGCUUCUAUUUUCCUUUGAGCAUCCCCGUAGCCAGCCUGCAGCCCGCGCCCGCAACUUAUAGAACUGAGCGCUGCGUCCCUUGCUCCUACCUUAAACCGUCUCCCCUUUUGAAUCGAUUCCUUAAAUCAUCCCCUGGGCCCCAGCGUCAGUCCUAAAUCUCCAGUUUCCUUAAUCUCCCCCCUCCCACCCUAAGUCCCUACCCCUCUCUUCCAUUGCCCCAGUCCUAAAUCUUCCCUCUUCCCUCACACCCCUGUCCUGAGCCGGGUACCCUCUGCAUCCUAGGAACCCCCAACUUGUGCUCCCCGGGCCCCGGCCCCUAUGAAGCUUCACCUUCCUCUCUCCCAUAA